AUGCUCCUACUCCCAGAAAGCUCCAGCUGGGCUCUUCACCAGUUGCUAUGGCUGCUCCUCUGCCUCCCAGUAUCAUACUGGAUCAUCUGGGUCAUCUAUGCGCGGACACUCCACCCACUGAGCAACAUCCCUGGCCCAUGGUUUGCCUCAGUGAGCCGCCUCUGGAUCAUGUGGCACACAUGGAAAGGAGAUAUGGACCACGUCCAGCGGGCCCUUCAUCAACGCCACGGCACCAUUGUUCGAAUCGCUCCUCACGAGUGUGCCUGUUCCGAUCCAGACGCCAUCAAACUCAUCUACAAGACCCAGGCGCCGCUGGAGAAGACUGACUUUUACCCACCAUGGCGCGGAGGCUUGUCCAAAUAUCCCGACCACUUCACUGUCACCAGUGAGCGCCUGCAUUCGGAGCGGAGGAGGAUAGUAAACAACAUCUACAGCAUGUCAAACGUCUUACAGUCUGAACGAUACAUCGACGAGUGCUCAAAGCUCUUUGCCAUCAAGCUUGGAGAGCUGGCUGAUCAGGCAAAACAAGUCGACCUCGGAGAAUGGCUUCAGUGGUACGCAUUCGAUGUAAUUGGCGAGCUUUACUUUGGACAGAUGUUUGGUUUUCUGCAACACUCGCACGACCAUGCCAACUACAUCGCUUCCCUUGACACGCUCAUGCCUCCUCUCUGCCUUUCUGCCGUUGCACCCUCAUACAUGCGACCCUUCAUACUCCCCUUGUCCAUGCUGAGCUCUACCUCGCGCAAAGCGGUUGGGGCUCUGGGACAUAUUGCCACCGCGGCCAAAGACUGUGUUGCUCGGCGUUGCCAAAGCGACGGCCCAAGCCAACGCCGAGACAUGCUCCAUCAGCUACUCGACAUCAUGGCCUCCAAAGGCGAGAAAGUCGACUUCGGCAUUCAUGAGGUUGAGCAGGAGGCGUACACCGGCCUCUUCGCCGGCUCCGAUACCACCGCCAUAGCCCUCCGAUCCGUCUUCUACCACCUCCUCCGCCAUCCCGCAUCCUACAAACGCCUGCAAUCCGAACUCAGCGCCGCCAUCGCCGCCAUCACAAUCCCAACCUCGGGGCCAAUCCCCUACGCCUCCGCCACGCAACUCCCCUAUCUGAACGCCUGCAUCAAGGAAGCCAUGCGGCUCCACCCAUCCGUCGGAUUCACAAUGCCGCGCAUCGCCCCCACUGACGGCCUGCACUUCAAAGGACCCAACGGACGGCCUGUUGUCGUGCCGCACGGCUACCGCGUGGGCAUGAACGCCGCCGUGGUGCAUCGGAACGCCGACGUCUUUGGCGCGCAACCCGCCGCCUUCCGACCGGAGCGCUGGCUCGACGACGCAGAGCACGCAAAGGCUAUGGACCGCUGCAUGCUGCACUUCGGCGCUGGGACGCGCACGUGCAUCGGCAAGAAUAUCUCGCUCUCAGAACUAUACAAGCUCGUGCCGCAGGUCCUACGGGAUUUUGACCUCUCGCUCGCAAACCCGGCCGCCGAGUGGAAGACGCACAACCUGUGGUUCAACAAGCAGACGGGCCUCGUGGUUAAUGUGCGCAGGAGGGUGGUCUGA